AUGACUAUUCUGCGCGCCGAGAUCCCUGACGCUAUUGGCGGCCUCGCCGUUGACGGCUCCUUCAAGUGGGAUGUCAUAGAUCCCCGGACGAACAUGGCGGGUCUCCGGAUUGGGAAGAUUAUUGACGAUGCCGCGUUCCAUGCUAUGUUCCGGCGUGAAAGUGAACAAGGCAACCUCAAGAAUGUCCGGAGUUGGGCACAGUUUGUGCAUCAUACACUGACGGCUGAGGAUCAUGUGGUUGGUCUUGACGCUAUCAGCGAGGACGUUGCCUACUACGGCGGUCAUAGAGCCGAAGCCAUCAGAGCGCCUAUUGCGGCCGACCCUACUGGCGAUGUGACCUCGUGGCCUCGGACGGAGCCGACAAUGUAUAAUUCCCUGCAUGGGUUACUUUCGGAUAUCAUUGCCACGCAGUGCGUCUGGUACAAGGCGUUCUUCGAGGGUCCACACGCGGCGGAGAAGCUGAGAAGGGCGUUCGAAGAAUCGACAUGUGCAGGGUUUAGAAACUGGUACCAGAACCCUACCCUGAAUGCGCUCUACAUUGUGAGCAUCCGCAGGACGCAGCGGGACCCGGCGAGCGGAAAGGUCUACUAUUUCCCCGAGCUCGUGAUUUGCGUGUAG